CCUUUGCCUUCCACAGAGACUGACGGAUGCCCCCUCCCUCCCAGGGUCUCACUGCCUACCACGACAUCUCCCUGGACAAGUGCUACGUCAUUGAACUCAACACCACCAUUGUGCUACCCCCUCGAAACAUCUGGGAGCUCCUCAUGAAUGUGAAGAGAGGGACCUACCUCCCACAGACGUACAUCAUCCAGGAGGAGAUGGUGGUGACGGAGCUUGUCAGUGACAAGGAGGCUCUGGGCUCCUUCAUCUACCACCUGUGCAAUGGGAAGGACACGUACCGGCUGCGGCGCCGGGCCACCCGCAGGCGGAUCAACAAACGUGGGGCCAAGAACUGCAAUGCCAUCCGUCACUUUGAGAACACCUUCGUGGUGGAGACGCUCAUCUGCGGGGUGGUGUGAAGCCUUCCCUCCAGGCCCGCCCUGCCCUCUCCUUCCUCCUCCUGGCCGCUCUCCGGCCCUCCUCCUCCCUUUGCUUAGCUUGUACCUUGGGCACUUUUCCAUAGAUGUGA